ACUGUUUGGUCUACACGGCUUACUUUUGUAUUGCGAGACGUUUUCCACACUUUGAAAAGGAAAUGCUCGAAGCGAUAUCAGAAUUAUGUUUAAAAGAAAGAAGACAUUCUAUCUAGGUCACCGGCGUCUGACCUUUGGUGAUGUCUGUCGACCGAAACUCGAGCGAAACUGAUCGGGGUCCGAGCGGCGCUGAAGUUCUCGCGUCCUUAAUCACGGCCGCUUUGGAGAAUGCAAAACUGGGGAAAACUAAAGAUUAUGAUCUGUUGGUUCAGAAACUUGCUGACCCAGGAAUCAAGGAAGUCCACUUUCAGAGAUAUCUUAUGGCAUUGACAACUUGUGUUUCUUGUCUGACAAAGCAGCAUGAUACACUAGUUGGGGCAGUUCUGAAUACUAGGUGGGCAGUAUGUGGCGAGAAAACAGUACAAGAAUUUAUUGAAUUCCUGACAAGCCUUGUGUCUGCCCAGACAUAUUACUUAAGAGCAUGCCUUCAUAUGAUUGUCAAGCUCUUCAUUCCAUCCAUUUCUUGGGAUGUACAAAUUAGAAGAGCUGAUUCUGAAGUUUCUGAGAAGAUAUUUUGUAACGCCCACGAAGCCUUGCAUGCUAUCCAUGAAGUGGUUCCAGCACUUCCACAGUUUUUGAUACCUGUACUGUCAGAAAAUUUUCCAUUUGUAGGAAAACCUAUAAUAUUUCAGGAAAGUUACAUAAAGAACCUGCUACAGGCUACAAAAUACCUCCAUAGCCUCAGAGCAAACAUUCUGGAACUGAUCAUUGACAAUCUUACCAAGAUUGAUUACAUCUCUUCACCCACUGGAGAGUAUCUAGCUGAUGCUGGUAUCGAAUUGUUUAAUGAGCUACUGGUGAUUUUUGAUAAAGUCAUUCUUCCCACCCAUGCAUCCUGCCAUAUUCAAUUUAUCAUGUUUCUACUCUGCAGCUUUGAUCAGUAUUUUUCCAAUUCCCUUCUUGAUAUUUGCUGGAAAAAGAUUGAGGAACCUAAUACCCCAGCCGUCAUCAGACAGGCCAUUGCAGCUUACAUUGCAAGUUUUACAGCCAGGGCUAAAUAUAUUCCCAUCAGUACAGUGCAAACUUGUUUGGACCUUAUGGUGCACUGGAUUCACUGCUACAUUGACACUCAUGAUGCAAGCUGUGUAACACCUGACGCUGGUAAAUACGGUCCAUUUUACUCAGUUUGUCAGGCACUUUUCUACAUGUUUGUAUUUCGCCACAAACAGCUGCUUGAACUUGAGGGAGGAUUAAAGUACAUAAGAAGACUGAACCUGGACAGAAUUGUUACUUGUCGCAUGAAUCCACUCAGGGUUUGCUUACCUAGCAUUGUUAAAUUGUUUGCAUAUAUCACAAGACAUCACGAGCUGGUCUUUUGCUAAACAAUUAUUGAACAAAACAACAGAAUGAUGUUACCAGUGGCAAAACCAGCAUCCAGCCAUGCAGUGAGGAGCUUGUCUUUCCAGAACCAGUUGGAUUCUUUUUUUCCUUUUGAUCCUUACCUUUUGAAAAGAUCAUCCCAGUUUAUUGAGCCACUCUAUCAUGUAUGGGAGGAAUUGGAACACAAUGCAGAUGGAGAUGGCGAUGAUGAUGAAAAAGAUGAUCAAAGGAAACAUUCAGAAACAUAUGAUGAAGAAGAUUACUUGGUUAGCUGCAGAAGCCCAGAUGCCAUUAUACAGGGUUUUACUCCUGACACACUCAUGUGUGUGUCCCCUGGGUUCACAGCAUCUCCCAGAAGAUGACAUGUGUAGGACAUUGCAACAACAAAUGCUGCUUAUAUCUCACCCAUGAGAUCAUGUGAUGUCAUAUGCAUUGUACCAGGUUUUACUCCUGACACACUCAUAUAUGUGUCACCUAAGUUCACAGCAUCUCCCGCAACAUAACAUUUGCAGAACAUUGUUACUGCCAACAAAUACUUCUUAAAUCUCACCCUUGUCAUGUUCCUGGCAAGGAAUAGCAGCUGCGAUCACCAUGUAACAGAUCGAGAUCAGUUUGUUGCGAUAAACAUUUAUUUGUUUAGAUACAAAUUUAUGAGGCCACAGAACUGUCAGUGUUAUCUUCCAAUGACUGAAACUCUUCGGGUUUCCUUGCCAUAUUCUGAGCACUGAUUAUGGUUGAAGACUAUACAUGACACUCCACCAGCUGUUAAAUAUGUACCAUGAAAGAUGUCACUCUAAUCAACUAACAAGGUGUACUGAUUUCCACAUAGAGGCAACUUUCCACAGACCGUGCUGCAUGGUGAAUUUGUAAUCCUGGUCUAGAACCUUAUAAGUUAAUUUACAAUAAAGAAAUGCAACUAGAAAUA